GUCUUGGCAACAAGAGCCCGGGAAAGCGGGGCUACAGGAGCCAAUAAGCGGAACAUUUGAACUGCACACCGGGGAUAGUGCGCCGUGUAAUGAAAGUCGGGGUUGUCCCGCUGGGAGGUGUAGCAGUAGCACUGCUGUGGGAAAAUGGCAAGCACGGCCCCAGGGAGCAGGGAGCUAAGCCUUAUGGACAAGCAGAUCCGCAACUUGCUGGAGAUUUGCUUGCAUUCCCAUCUCUAUUCCAUCAAUUUACAUUGUAAUCACAUUUCCAAGAUUGAAGGACUUGGACACCUCUGUUACUUACAGCAUCUGGACCUUUCAUCUAUUCUUAUAACUAAGACUGAAGGGCUGGACUCCUUGACAUGUUUGCAGAGCCUGAAUCUGUCUUGUAACAAACUGACAUGGGUAGAAGGGUUAGGAAAGCUAUUUAAUCUCAAGAAGUUGAAUUUGUCAUAUAACAGCAUACAAGACCUUAACGGUGAGUGAAUGUAUAACUUCCUAUAUCAAUUUCUCAUUGAGAGUAUUUACUAAUUAUCAAAUUACCAUACUGUCACACAAAAACAAUUGAGUUCUGUUUUGAAAUAUUUUUAUUAUACAGGUAUGGGACCUGUUAUCCAGAAUGCUCAGGA